AUGACGCGACUCGCUGCCGGCGUAAUUUGUCUUCUGAUUUCUUUCUGUGGUAUUGCCGUCGGUGGCCGAGACACCGUUGGUGAAAUUCUCCGGUUACCAUCGGAGGCUUCUAGGUUUUUCCGUCCUGACAAACUUAAUAAUGUUAAUAGUGGUGAUGCUUCCACCGGAACUAGAUGGGCCAUCCUGCUUGCUGGAUCUAACGGUUACUGGAAUUACAGGCAUCAGGCAGAUGUUUGUCAUGCAUAUCAACUGUUGAGAAAAGGUGGAUUAAAGGAAGAAAAUAUAAUCGUUUUCAUGUACGAUGACAUUGCUUAUAACACAGAGAACCCAAGACCUGGGGUCAUCAUCAACAAUCCUCAAGGAGAAGAUGUUUAUAAAGGAGUUCCAAAGGAUUAUACUGGUAAAGAUGUCACUGUCGGAAACUUUUUCGCAGCUAUCCUUGGAAACAAGACUGCUCUUACUGGUGGCAGUGGAAAAGUUGUCGAUAGUGGCCCGAAUGAUCAUAUUUUCAUUUACUAUACUGAUCAUGGGGGUCCUGGGGUGCUAGGGAUGCCUACCAAUCCUUACCUUUAUGCCGAUGAUUUGAUUGAUGUCUUAAAAAAGAAGCAUGCAUCCGGGACCUAUAAAAGCUUGGUGUUUUAUCUUGAAGCCUGUGAGUCCGGAAGCAUCUUUGAGGGUCUUCUUCCCAAAGAUAUAAAUAUCUAUGCAACCACAGCAUCAAAUGCAGAAGAGAGCAGUUGGGGGACCUAUUGUCCUGGAGAGUAUCCUUCCCCUCCCCCAGAAUAUGAAACUUGUCUGGGUGACUUGUACAGUAUUAAUUGGAUGGAGGAUAGUGACGUACACAAUUUACGGACAGAAUCUUUGCACCAGCAAUAUGAACUGGUAAAAAGGAAGACUUCCAAUGAAAAUUCUGCCUAUGGUUCCCAUGUCAUGCAAUAUGGUGAUGUAGGACUUAGUAAGAACCACCUCUUCCUGUAUAUGGGUACAGACCCUGCAAACGAAAACUACACUUUCGUGGAAGAGAACUCCUUGAGCUCACGUUCUAAAGCUGUUAAUCAGCGUGAUGCUGAUCUUGUUCACUUCUGGCAUAAGUACCGUAAAGCCCCUGAAGGCUCUUCUAGGAAGGCUGAAGCUCAGAAGCAGUUUGUUGAAGCAAUCUCACAUAGAAUGCAUAUAGACCACAGCGUAAAACUUAUUGGGAAGCUCCUCUUAGGAAUUGAAAAGGCCACAGAGGUAUUGAAUGCCAUCCGUCCUGCUGGGCAACCUCUUGUUGAUGACUGGGUCUGCCUUAAAACAAUGGUGAGGACUUUUGAAACACAUUGUGGAUCCAUAUCCCAGUAUGGUAUGAAACACAUGCGAUCUCUUGCAAACCUUUGCAAUGCUGGAAUUGGAAAGGAACAGAUGGCAGAGGCAUCAGCACAAGCUUGUGUAAGCUUUCCUUCUGGUCCAUGGAGCUCUCUUCACAAAGGGUUCAGCGCAUAA